CCGAUCUAUAACUGCGGAGAUAAUCAUAUUUAUGUCAGACACAAACAAUAAUAAAAAUCUUGUCUAUGAUAAUGUUAUUAUUGCCUAAUAGAUUUCAAUUUUUAUUUGUUCAUAAACAUAACUCAUUUUACUAUUUACGCUUUGUGACAUAAAUGAAUUUUGAUUUCAUUAAUAAAUUUGAAUUUAAAUACUAAAAUCAUUCUAGUAUAAUGGCACAAUUACCCGAAUGUCCAGAAACUUUGAAAAAAAUUCAACAUUAUCUGAAAAUCGCUUCAGAACAUGAUGCCAAAGAUCCAAUCAUCAGCUAUUGGUGUAAGUUAAUUAUUUUAAGAAAAAUAUAGUCUACUGAUUUAACAAUUGAUUUAUUAUUGUUCUAAUAUAGGUCGGCUAUAUGCCUUACAAACUGCAUUAACACUUGACAAAUCAUCAAAAGAAGCAAAAACAUUUUUGGUAUCUCUAAUGGAUUGGUUAGAAAAACAAAAAGUAUUUUUAAAAGAAAAUGACAUGAUCACUAAUGAAACUGCAGCCCAAGCCCAUUUUGAAAAUUAUGCAAUUAAAUUAUUUAAUAUUGCUGACGGUUUGGAUCACCAAGCAAAUUAUAAUAAGUACCUAAUUUAUUUAUUUAUUUAUUUUUACACCAAAACACGAAAAUUUGUACAAAGUGAUCAUAAAGUUAAUGAGGACUAGGUGGGUAAGUAGGAAUAGGUGUCAGCAACGGGGUAUCUUAUAUCUAAGGAAAAUGGUUAAAAAUGCCUGAACUAAGUAGCAGUAAGUAAAUGUGAAGCAUGGUGGAGGGGAUUACCUAAUACUUUAAUAUGACAGUAUGUUCUGCUUUAAAGUAUUCUAGUGCAAAUUUAUUCAUGCUACACUUGUAAUUACAAAAUGGUAAAAUGACUCCUUUAGUUACCCAUACUUAAUUUAUGGAUACCAGAAAACAAGAUUUCUGUGUUAGCUAUUUAAAAAAAAAAAAAACCUAAUGAAAGAAAUUGAUUUUGAUCAAGAGACCAUUAAUUUUUUUAAUAAAAUGGAACUAUUAAAUAUUUUUUAAUUUGGGUGUGAUUUACUAUUUAAAAAUACAAUUUUUAAUCUAUGAAAUGCCCUUAUUUUAAGAAUUCUUGUGAAAAAUUGUUGAACUUAAGUAUAUGUAUAACAUCAAAAUUUACUUUUAAAUAAUUAUGGUAAAGUUUUUAGUUUAACAUUUUAUCAAUUAGAUAUUUAAUUUAUAUUAAAAAUGUGUAUUAUUUUAUUUAGGAACAUAAUUAAAUUAUUUUUCACUGCUGGACUAUUAAUGGAUGUAUUAAGUGUAUUUGGUGAAGUAUCAGAAGAAAUUGCUAAUACUCAAAAAUAUGCAAAAUGGAAGGCUACAUAUAUACACAAUUGCUUGAAAAAUGGUGAAACUCCUACUCCAGGACCCCCAGCUACAGAGAGUGGACAAAUUGGUUUCAAUUUUCCAACUCAAAGAGAUGAAGUUCAACAACCAAAAAAUUAUUUUGAUCCUCCUGUUCCUAUUACACCAAUAUAUAAAGGUAAACAAAUACAAUUGAAAUAGGUACAUUGAAGUUGUAAUUAUGAACUUAAAUUUAUAAUUUCAGAUUUAUCUCCGACUAUGCCUAAUGAAUAUGCACAAAUACCUAGCACAUCAACAGUUACAGAAUUUCAACCUUCUGUACCAGGGCCAAUUUUACUUAAAAGUAUAAUAAAAAAAAAACCAAUAUUUUACAAACAAUUUAUGAUCCAUAUAUUGCUGUGAAAUUGAGAAAUAUAUAUAUAUAUAUAUAUUUGUUUUUAAUAACACUAGUAUUUUAUACGUCAUACUAUAUUUACUUGUUAUUGCUUUACACAGUAGUAAAAGAUUGGUACACUUUCAUUUUAAAUUUACUAUAGAAUGGUUAAAAUUAUUUUCAAUGAAAUGCUUCAAAUAGGUAUAACCCGAAUAAAAUUGUGUACCAGUAUCUUCUACAUUUAAUAAUUUGCUGAAACAAUAUACUUGUUACAAUUAUAAUACACCGGGAGUUUGGUCUUUAAUAUUAUUUAAUGUAGGUAUAAUUCAUUUUCAAUUAAAAGACAAGGCGAUUUAUGUCAUUGGUAAACUCAUAUUGAAGUGUAUUUUAUAUAUUUUGAUGUCAAUAAUUUAUCAAAUUAUAAAAUUGUAUAUACUUAUAGAUAAAUUACAUUCUAAGUAUAUAUUUUUUAUUAUCUAUUAACUAUAUUAUUUUUAUUGUUAUUAACAAUCAUAACAAUCAAAUGGGACAAAAUAAAAUUAUGUACAAUAUCUAUAUUGUAGAAAUGAAUAGAAACAAAUUUUUCUAUUAAAAAUAACCUAAACUAUUUUAAUUUCAGAUGGAGUACAGUUGUUGCCAGCACAUAUCACUAAGGCACAGAAAUACUGCAAGUUCGCUGCAAGUGCAUUAAAUUAUGAUGAUGUUCCAGAGUCAAUUGCAAAUUUACAAAAAGCAUUGAGAUUAUUAACUACUGGGGAAGAUGUAUAGUUAUAACUUAUAAGUUAUUAAUAUAAUAAUAUUAAAAAUGUUAAUACAUUGUUUAAACAUUUUUAUUUUUUAUUUGUUUAACAUACAUUACAUAUAAAUUGAAUAGUGAAAAAACCAAAGUAAAAAUUAAUUAACACUACACACAAAUUAUUUACAUACUAAUAAUAAUGACUAGAAUGAAUGAACACAAAAAUUUGUUAACAUUUUUGGAGGGAAGGAACAGAGGUAGUGGUUCCCAAGCUUAGUUAAAUAAAUCCUUAUUAUAAUUAAUGUGCACAAAUUUUAAUAAAAAUAUGAGGGUAGUUUGGAAAUAAAAAUUUCUUUUUAUUCUUGUUUUUGAGCUUUAGUUUCAGCAAUUUCUGCUAGUUCUUUGCGCCUCAAUUGAUAAUCAAUUACAACUCGUCCAGCUAACAUGAAUAAAAAUACUAAUGUUGGCGCCAUCCGUUCAAAUUUAUCUUUGGCUGCAUAAUGAGUAAAAAUAGCCAGUAAAUGAGACAUCAAAAGUGUUAUAUUUGCCCCUUGUUUAACAUUUCCUUUAAUGAAAAAUAAUACAUUACAAAUACAAAAUACAAAUUAAAACUUUCUAAUAAAUGUGUGAGUGGGUUAAAAAAAAAAAACAAGUUCAUUUUAUUGUCAAAUACUUACUGAAUGGAACAAAUGCCAAACAAACACCACUUAAUAUUUCAGUUCCACCUACAGCUCUUCUGUACCAUUUGGCUGGCACUUUAAAAUCAACAGUAUUUGAUAAUGGGAAUACUUUGGCAUACUUCACAUAAUCCUUUCUCUGCAAAAUGUACAUAUGU